AUGAAGCCCACUCAGCUUGCAGCCCUCAUCAUUGGUGUCCUUGGCACCGCUGCCAUGGCCAACCCUGUUGCCGCCCCUGAGCCGAACCCGGUCGACGUGGCUCCCCGCGCCAAGUAUACCAUUAAGUGCGAUGGGGGUCAGCACGCCGACUCUCGUUGCACCAACGGGAAGAAGAAGGAUGGCUGUCGCUGUGACAGCAAGGGAACUUACCUUUGUGACCCUUCAUCUCUUGCGAAGAGCGGCGGCCAGUGUGCCAAGUGUGGUUGCCACGCGUCGUAG